AUUGACACCAAAAUCAUAACAUUUUUUCUUCCUUUCAUUUGACUUCGUUCAUUGUAAUUUAUUUGUUAGGAAAUUGAAUUAAAUUUUUACUCAUUUAUUCGCGUCAAUAUUUUUUUUUGUCUCCCGUAGCUUAUUGCUUCUUCAAAUUUUUUGCUACUACUAAGUGCUAACUUUAACUUUGCUGUGGUUAUAGUUUCACGUGAACGGUGCGUGGGCGAUAUAUGUUGAGAAACCAAGAGCCGUAUCAACCAAUCGUAUCAUUGAACUAUAUUAAUAAGUAGUUUUUGUAUACUGUGCGUGCAAUCAGUGACGGCAGUUCAUUCUAAAUAUUAUACGAAAUAAACGUGUUACUGUUAAUGUAAACUUCUUUGUGAGACAAUAAACGAUAAUAUUGAAUACUGAUUAUUUCGUCAGUUUAUAAGCGGGUGCAUAUCCAUGAUGGGUGUGUUCAAAACGGUGGUGGCCUUGACGGUCAACAAUGCCAAAGUUGGUGUGAAAAAUAAUAGAAAUUCACCGUACCGGCCACUGCUGUCCUGCGCCCCGGUGGCGAUGAUGAGUCUGGACCGCGGCGCGCACACCAAGGACAUCACCAAGAACAUCUACUACAUCAGCAACGAGAAAGUCAAGUUCACCGCGGACCCUAAAACCUUGAAACUGGACAAUCUGCCAGACAAGCCUCUCUGCGUGAUGAUCAACUGGCUGCUGGCGCGGCAGAAACACGUGAUGAAGUACGCCAAACUCUAUCUUGAGCAGGGCUUCGAUGUGCUCUCAGUGUCGUGCACGCCCUGGCAGCUCAUGUGGCCCGUCAAAGGAUCCCAGCUAAUCGCCAAGGACCUGCUGAAGUUUAUGUCGACGAACGUGAACAGCCACCCGUUGGUGCUGCACGGGUUCUCUGUGGGAGGGUACAUAUGGGGCGAGGUCAUCGGCCACUCUAUGGAGAAUAAAGAAUUGUAUACGCCAGUGAUGAAUCGCAUUGCAGCUCAGGUGUGGGACUCCGCCGCCGAUGUCAGCGAGAUCUCCAUUGGAGUGCCGCCCGCCGUGUUCCCUAAGAACAAAAUCAUGCAGAAGACUCUCAAGGCUUACAUGGAAUACCAUCUGAGGACCUUCCAUGACGUGGCCACCUCACACUACAUACGUUCAUCACAAUUGUACCACUCGAAUCCGUGCCGCGCCCCGGCGCUGAUCCUCCUGUCCAAAAGUGACCCUGUCGGCGCUGAGAGGAGUAACCGCAUCGUUCACGACGGCUGGGUCAAGUUGGGCGUCAAGUGUACGUGGAAGUGCUGGGACCGUUCUCCCCACGUGCAGCAUUACACGUACCACAAGGAGGAGUACGUGGCCGCACUGUACGACCAUCUCGAGAUGUGCAACGUGCUGCCGCAGUCGGAUAAGGCGCGCCUCCAGUUAUAACUAAUAUCCGAGAAACGCACGGAUUCUACGGAAGCGUCUAAGCUCAAACCGAACUCGAAUCAAUAACAAAGCCACAGACGCAACUAGUAAGAAAGAGUAAUUAUUGAUAUAUAAAAAAAAAAACAUGUAUUUAAUAGAAUAUAUUGAGUGGCUAUUAUUACUAUUCAAGCGGUCGUUUUUUUUAUUUUAUUUUUUUUUACAAGUAUCAAGCGAUACUUGUGCUGAAUUUACUUGAUCGAAAUUCGAUACUUUUACGCACAUAACGCUCAGUACGACGUAUUUUCGGAACUGCGUAAUCACGUCGAAUUUCGAUCGCGUAAUUUUAGUGAAUGUGUCGCUACAGUAAAUGUACGUUUAUAAUGCAAUUUCGCCAUAUCCUAAUUAAAUUUUGUCGACUGUCUUUCAUAAUAUUUUAUAAAAAAAACAUUGAAAUCUCUAGUCGAUAGUUAUCCUGAAAUUGUUGUGAAAGAAAUAGUCUAUUGUUAUUUGACAAUUAAAAAAAAAUUAAAUUGUUGUUACUAUGUCCACUACAGACAUAAUUUGAAAAUGUCUUAUGCAUGGACAAAAUUUUUCUUGUCCAUGCUCUUAUGUAAAAUAUUAAUAAAAAAAAUUACAAAAUUAGCAAGAUACCGCGACUUGCGUUUUUUUUUUUUUUUAUUGAGAUAAUCCUCAUAAAUAUUAUGUUUUUGUAUUUACUUUGUACUCAUAAUGUAAAAAAUAUGUGAUAAUUUGCUAUAAAAUUAACAUGCAGAUGUGUAGACACGAUAUUUUGUUCAUUCGUGAUCGAAGAACAAAAUAUUUUUGUCCAAUAAGUUUUAAACCCGCCAAGGGGUAAUAAAUAAGUGCAGUUACUAGAAUAUUAUAUUAUGAAUAAUGGUAUAUGCGGUCGAAACAUUAAAUAAAUAUAAGUAACAUAAGUCAGUAAAAAUGGCUCUACAUGCGAUAGACUUUCGUCUCAUUUUACAAAUAUGGUGUACUGAUUUUUUUUUGUUUGGUAGUCAAAUGUUAAAAAAUGUUAACCUUUAAUUGUGGGGGAGGUUUACAAUUUGAGUGUAAUUUUUUUUUUUUUUUUUAUAAGGUAUACUAAAUAUUCGCCAGUUGUGAAUAGAUUUUGUUAAUUUUUAGAGGUUUUAUAUAUAUAUAUAUAUAUAUAUAUAUAUAUAUAUAUAUAUAUAUAUUCAUUACAAAAACAAUAAAACUUUGGUUACAUAGAUGAAAUACUCUGUGUACCACAUUUUUUUUUCUUAUUUAUUGUUAUAACUCCGUAUGCCAAUACUCAUUGCCUUAUGCAUUUUUGAAGUACCUAUUUUUUACUACAUCGACUAAUAUUUUUACGCCAAUAUAUUAUUUUAACGUCGUUUAAAUGUUGUUAUGAAUUUAAAAGCGUUGUAUACACGCAUUGCAUGUGUAGCAAUAUAUAUAAAUGUUCGUUAUGUAUCUUUUUUUAAUUUUUUUUUAAAUACAUAUACAUUAGAACAUUACAGGUUAUCCCAUGACGCUGAAGUGUAAAUCACUAAUUACAUACAUGUUUUAUAAUAACUAAUGUCUUAUAUAUUGUUUGUAUUAGUUAUCACCGGUCAUAAUGGGCGGAACCAAGUUUUUAAUGUACAUUUUUUAAACAUAGGAUUGUAUGCACGUAGUUACUUUUGAUAAAUAAACGUCUUUUAUAAA